CUCCCUCCUUCCAACCCCCACACCCCCCCUUCCCCUCACAUCCUUGGAAGCAACAAUUAAGCAGCUCUGGGAUAAAACACACUGACUGCGAGAGCACGGGGGCAUUGCUUCAAGAGAUGGCAAGGCAGGCAGCUGCACCCCUCCUCCCCGGAGUCCUCCUCCUCUUCUCCAUCCUCCCGGCUUCUCAGCAAGGAGGGGUCCCUGGUGCUAUCCCGGGAGGGGGAGUCCCAGGAGGAGGCUUUUUCCCAGGUGCUGGAGUUGGAGGUUUGGGAGCAGGUUUGGGAGCAGGUUUGGGAGCAGGGCUCGGGGCUGGAGGAAAACCUCUCAAACCAGGGGUCGGUGGCCUCGGGGGACUCGGCCCUCUUGGCCUGCAGCCAGGUGCUGGGGUCGGAGGUUUGGGAGCAGGUUUGGGAGCCUUCCCCGGGGCAGCCUUCCCAGGUGCUGCGUCUGCGGCCGCUCUUAAGGCUGCAGCAAAAGCUGGUGCUGGCCUUGGUGGUGUGGGUGGAAUUGGUGGCCUCGGUGGCGUGGGUGGAGUUGGAGUUCCAGGAGGCCUUGGUGUCCCAGGUGCGGUGCAGCCCGGGGUUGGUGCGGCGGGGAAGCCCCCCAAAGUGCCAGGUGCUGGCAUCCCCGGAGCUUUCCCAGGUGGAGGUGUGCUCCCUGGAGCAGGUAUCCGCUUCCCCGGUGUAGGCGUGCUGCCCGGCGUUCCCACCGGCACCGGGGUCAAGGCAAAAGGUCCAGGAGCAGGAGCCUUUGCAGGAAUCCCCGGACUGGGAGGCUUUGGAGGCCAGCAGCCCGGUGUCCCUCUGGGGUAUCCCAUCAAAGCUCCCAAGCUCCCAGGUGGCUAUAGAUUGCCCUUCGUCAAUGGCCUUGGACCAGGUGGGAUAGGAGCAGGGGUUCUUGCUGGGAAGGCUGGGUACCCCACUGGGACAGGUGUUGGAGCACAGGCGGCGGCAGCAAAAGCGGCAGCUAAAUAUGGAGCCGGUGUCCUGCCUGGGGCUGGCGGCAUCCCAGGGGUGGGCGGCGUGGUGCCCGGUGUCGGUGUUGUGCCAGGAGCUGGAGUGGGAGGCCCAGCAGCGGCAGCAGCUGCAGCGAAGGCAGCAGCGAAAGCAGGAGCCUAUGGUGCAGGGGUGCUGCCCGGGGUCGGUGGUGUCCCAGGUCUUGUGCCUGGUGUCGGUGGUGUGCCUGGUUUGGUUCCCGGAGUCGGAGGUGUCCCUGGGGUGGCAGGAGUUGGGACACCAGCAGGAGCAGCGGCAGCAGCCAAGGCAGCUAAGUAUGGAGCUGGUGUUCCCGGUGUUGGCGUUCCUGGUGUUGGCGUUCCUGGUGCUGGCAUUGGAGGUGUUCCUGGUGUGCCUGGUGUUCCUGGUGUAGCUGGUGUGCCUGGUGUUCCUGGUGUAGCUGGUGUGCCUGGUGUUCCUGGUGUAGCUGGUGUUCCCGGUGUGGUACCUGGUGUUGGAGUGGGUGGCCCAGCAGCUGCUGCUGCAGCAAAGGCUGCAGCAAAAGCAGCCGCAUUUGGAGCAGGGCGUGUGCCUGGGGUUGGUGUGCCUGGGGUUGGCGUGCCUGGCGGCGUGCCUGGGGUUGGUGUUCCUGGAGUCGGAGUACCUGGAGUCGGCGUACCAGGGGUUGGUGUUCCAGGAGUUGGCGUACCCGGUCUGGUGCCUGGAGCUGGCCCAGCUGCUGCUGCCAAAGCAGCUGCCAAAGCUGCCAAGUACGCAGGAGCAGGUGGCCUGGCACCUGGUGUAGGUGGCCUGGCACCUGGUGUAGGUGGCCUGGCACCUGGCGUGGGAGGUCUUGCUCCUGGUGUAGGUGGCCUUGCUCCUGGUGUAGGUGGCCUUGCUCCUGGUGUAGGUGGCCUGGCCCCUGGCGUUGGAGGUGUUCCAGGUGUUGGAGGUCCAGCAGCAGCCGCAAAAGCAGCAGCUAAGGCAGCCAAAUAUGGUGCUGGUGUUGGAGGGGUGCCAGGUGCUGUGCCCGGUGCUCCUGGUGUGCCAGGAGUGACACCUGGCAUCGGUGGUGUCCCCGGCUUAGUGCCAGGUGUAGGGGUGCCCGGUGCCGGCGUUCUCCCCGGAGCAGGCAUCCCCCAGGUCGGGGUGCAGCCUGGUGCUAAGCCUCCCAAAUUCGGUGUGCCCGGGGCUGGGGUCCCAGGGGUCGGUGGCAUCCCAGGUGGCCUCGGAGUUGGUGGCCUCGGAGUUGGUGGCCUCGGUGCUGGGCUCUUGUAUCCAGGAGCUGCUGGAAAACCUCCUAAGCCAGGGGCUGGAGUUCCCGGUUUUGGUGUGUCACCGAUAUUUCCAGGUGGGGUUGGUGGCCAGCUGGGAUUUGGCGGGAAGCCCCCCAAGACCUACGGAGGAGCCCUGGGGGCCCUGGGCUUUAGAGGUGGAAUUGGCUGUGCACAAGGGAAAUACUGCGGGAGGAAGCGGAAGUAACCGCCCACCGUCACCGAUGACCUCAUGAACUUUGGUGCUACUGCAUGGUCCAGAAUGUAAAUCCCCACCAAGCUGAGACCCCCCCCCCCCCGGCCCCACGCUCCCGUCAGGGACCCCACGGCAGCGUCAGGGGCCGCCCCCCCACCCCGGGAACCCCCCCAGCCCCAGCAGGGAGUGCGGAAUAAACUGCGGGGAGCAGCCAUCCCCCUUGGUGCUAUCGCUCCUUGCGGGAGGGCCUGGGACCCCCACCCCAACCCGGCCCCGGUGCUCCCCCUGGGGGGUGGCUGACCCCGGGGGGGGGCCGGGCUGAGCACGAGGGGCACGCAGGGGUGGGGGGAGGGAGGGAAGGAGGGAGGGAGGGAAAGAAGGGGUCCCAGUGGCGGGGGGCAGCGCGGGGACUCUGCCAGCCCGCGGACCCCCCCGGCCCCCUUCAUGUUACUCACAUUGAUAUAACUGGGUGGGACGCCCUACGCAGAGGGAAUCGCUGCCAACAGACUAAUAAAGGACAAGUUUUUAAUGGAA